CGCAGGGGGUUGUCCGCCCGCGGCACGCAUUGGAGCCGCAGCCUCCUUGCGCCGGGUCCCGCGGUCGCAGCUCGUGCCGCCUCCUUCUCGUCCUCGCCUCAGCAGCUUGCUUCGUGGGUCGGUCCCUCCGACGCACGAGCUCCAAGCCGCUCCUCUCUUUUCCUAAAGCCCUUCAAGGCGGUCUUCGGUUUCCUUCUUUCCAGCCGAUCCUCUUCAGCCCCGUGAAGAUGGUGGACCGCGAGCAACUGGUGCAGAAAGCCCGGCUGGCCGAGCAGGCGGAGCGCUACGACGAUAUGGCCGCGGCCAUGAAGAACGUGACAGAGCUGAAUGAACCACUGUCCAAUGAGGAACGGAACCUCCUGUCGGUGGCCUACAAGAACGUGGUUGGGGCUCGCCGCUCCUCCUGGAGGGUCAUCAGCAGCAUCGAGCAGAAGACAUCCGCGGACGGCAACGAGAAGAAGAUCGAGAUGGUCCGAGCCUACCGGGAGAAGAUCGAGAAGGAGCUGGAGGCCGUGUGCCAGGACGUGCUGAGCCUGCUGGACAACUACCUGAUCAAGAACUGCAGCGAGACCCAGUACGAGAGCAAGGUGUUCUACCUGAAGAUGAAAGGGGACUAUUACCGUUACCUGGCGGAAGUGGCCACCGGGGAGAAGAGGGCGACUGUGGUGGAGUCGUCCGAGAAGGCCUACAGCGAAGCCCACGAGAUCAGCAAAGAGCACAUGCAGCCCACCCACCCGAUCCGGCUGGGCCUGGCGCUCAACUACUCCGUUUUCUACUACGAGAUCCAGAACGCCCCGGAGCAAGCCUGCCACCUGGCCAAGACCGCCUUCGACGACGCCAUCGCCGAGCUCGACACCCUGAACGAGGACUCCUACAAGGACUCCACUCUGAUCAUGCAGCUGCUCCGAGACAACCUCACGCUCUGGACGAGCGACCAGCAAGACGACGACGGCGGCGAAGGCAACAACUAAGGCCCCAGGUGGACUGGCAGCACCCGCUGAUGCUACUACUGCAGUCUUUAUUUUUUUCCCAUGAGUUGGGGGUCGGGUGGGGGAGGGGAAAGGGAGGGCUGACCUUCCCAGGGAGAAACCCACGACUGUCCUGUCUUUGAUUGCCUCUUUGACAUUUUUGCCAAAAUACCACUAGUGGAAAGUCAGGCUAGCUAUGCUGGUAUGGGAGUAGCAGCCUCACACAGGCAUCCGGACUGUUGUGCAGGCUUGGAACGAGCAAGUGGAGCUGUCUGCCUUUAGUUUAACUUAUUGCUAGACGGUAGGGUUCUAAGAAGAAGAAGCGGAGAUGGAUGGCCCUCAUUCAGUGCGUUCUGUGGUUCCAGUAAGGAUUCUUCUGUCCACGCCCUCGUCCUCGGUUCUGUGGCUGUUUUCUCUCUGUGGCUGUGCUUUUUUUUUUAUUUCUCUCUCUCUCUCUCUCUCUCUCUCUCUCUCUCUCUCUCUCUCUCUCUCUCUCUCUCUUUCUUUCCCUGGGGUGUACACCAGAGAAGUUAUAGUUUAAAUUACCCAACUGGACAGGCUUAGAGUAGGAGGCACAACCUUUAUUCAUGAGUUAGACAUUGCCCUGUAUUUGGAAGUCUCUGACGGGUUGACAGUAUUAACACUAAAUUCUAGUUUACAGUAUUUCUACAUGACAGCCAUACAUGACGCCAAGCCAUGGGUUCUCAGUUUUCCUUGUCGGGCCAACUUUCCAUUUGUGUCCGGGUUGGUCUGGCUGUUCAUCAGUUCUUAACGUGGGGAGAGUCAGAGCUCCCCAUUCAGUCUUGGUGGAUGGGUGUUAGGGAGGGGCCUGUGGGGAAUACUUUCUUUUUGGUUCUUUACCCUUUAAGGUCAGCCCAUCACAAAAACAAAAACCGUUAAGUACCCCCCCACACAGAGAAAACGGAGAAAAUUCAGGUCUGUAUGUCAUUUAUCAGCAGCCAGGGCUCCGCCUCAGUGUCACUGCCUGUCGAAUGUUCCUCAGCACCCGAGUCUACUCUGCACCUUGUGCUAGCAGCAUGCAGGUGCCCCGAGGCGUAGGACUGGAGCGUAGAGGGUGGGGGGUUAUCAACAUGACGUGGAGCAUCCGGUGCCAGCGGCUGAGCCAACAGGAAACCCACUAGGAGAGGCAGUUCACUCAAGGGAGCAUGGUCCCUAAGCCAGUUGUCCCUGCCCCCCUCUGGCCCUGGCACUCCUUUCCCAAGUGCUUAGCGGAGGGUAGCCGAGGUUCGGCAGGAGGCCUUGACCACCCUGUUUGACCUAAGCUUCUAAGCUUUCCUGGUUUCCCUUUUUGAAUGAAAUCGUAGUUGUUGAGGUUGGCUUCUCUCUCAUGAAGUCGCUGCACACGUGACAUUGAAGGAAGCUCUGCUGCUAUGUCCUACAUGGUCCCUCUCAGCCCUGGGUCCCUCAUUCUCACUGUGGAUAGCCCUUUCCACAAACAUGCCCCGUUGCAUGCAGAGUGUGCAGUUUAUGUCUUCUGGAGAACUCAUGGCCUCGUGGGUUCCCGAGACGGGCAGCGCCCCAAACUUGCUUAACUUCUCUUCAGAGGCCCAGCAGCCACUUUGUUGCCCACCCGAGCUGGUGCCGUGGCUGCAGACGGAUGACGUCCCUCUGCACAGCCCUAGCAUGCCCUUCCUCGAGCCCCUCCUCAUGCUAGUGUGCCCGCACCCCCUAACCAAGACCCGCGCAGGGCAGUCGUGGAGGAAGCUUGGCCACCAGAGUGGACGGGGCCAGAGAGGCUUCGCCCGGGGCGGGGGGUGUCUCCUUGUCCGCAGUGAGCAUGUCUGUGUCCCGCGUGGACUGUUUGGAAAUGACCUACUGGAAUUGCAAAACCUAGUUUCUCUUUACAUUUCAGCCUUGACCUUUGCUGUGUUCUUAGAGCAGUCUUGUGAGGGUAGAACUGAAGAGGGAGAGCGGGAGACCUACCGUGAGCGUGGACGGUUCCUUCUCCUUCCUUUACUGUUGAGAAGUGCGCCUGCCUCUGAUGCUGUCUCCAGUGCCGCGCGGUUGCUCCUCCAUCCUAUUGAUACAGUAUUGUGCAUGCUGGUGUUGUAUUUCUAUACGGUAGCUUGACAUUUAUUAACUUACACUGUAGGUGUUAUGUAUUCCUAUGACAAAAAGAAACUUAAGACUUCAAUUUUUUUUUAAAACUUUUUUUUUUUUUUUUAAUUUAAUUUUUUCCUUUCAGGGGUAAAGUUUGCUUUACCAAAUAGUGAUUGUAACAAAUUGAUCUGUUUUGGAUGUUGCUAUAGUGACAUGCAGUUCUAUAUUUUGUUUUUCAGGGGGGAGGGGACAAAAGAAACACCAGUGUUAGCUUACUCUUAAUGUCUGGUGUUUGUCAUGGUGAAACUAUAACUAUUACAGUGCAGGAGAACGCCGCGGACGUUCUCUGAACGCGCCUCUGUGCUUUCUCGUCAUGUUAUGCAGUGAAACUAUUUUUAAGGUCUAAUCAAGUAAUUUUUCCCCCCCAACUCCGUGUCUCGCUAAGGAAUUAUUUCGCACACGGACCAUUCUUAGCAGUUUCCUCAGUGAUGGAAUAUUCAUGAAUGUGAGUCAUUAUGUAGCCGUCGUACAUUGAGCAAAAUAAACUUACAGAUCUGA